UUACCGCCGCGCCAAGGGCCGGCCGCCAGCCCCCCCGUGGGAGUUCGGCUGCGACCCCUAGUCGCCGGGCGCCGGCCCCGUGCUGCCGCCAUGCCUGCCUCAGUGCUUUGGGCAGUGGACCUCUUUGGGAGGGUAUACACACUGUCCACGGCCGGCCAGUACUGGGAACUGUGCCGGGACUCCCAGCUGGAAUUCAAGAGGGUCAGCGCGGCCACACAGUUCUGCUGGGGCAUCGCCUGUGACAACCAGGUUUACCUGUAUGUGUGUGCCAGCGAUGUCCCCAUCCGCCGCCGAGAGGAGGCCUACGAGAACCAGCGCUGGAACCCCAUGGGUGGCUUCUGCGACAAACUCCUGCCGAGUGACCGCUGGCCAUGGAGCGACGUGAGUGGGCUCCAGCACCGGCCGCUGGACGGGGUGGCGCUGCUGUCACCCCACUGGGAGUGGGAGUCAGACUGGUACGUGGAUGAGAAUUUUGGAGGGGAGCCCACCGAGAAAGGGGGCUGGACGUACGCCAUGGACUUCCCUGCCACCUACACAAGAGACAAGAAGUGGAACUCGUGCGUGCGGAGGCGGAAGUGGAUCCGGUACCGGAGAUACAAAUCCCGCGAUAUGUGGGCCAAGAUUCCCUCGAAGGAUGACCCUGAGGCACUGCCUGACCCCUUCAAUGACCUCUCCGUGGGGGGCUGGGAGAUCACGGAGGAGCCCGUGGGCCGCCUGUCCGUGUGGGCUGUGUCUCUGCAGGGAAAGGUGUGGUACAGAGAGGAUGUCAGUCACCCGAACCCCGAAGGCUCCUCGUGGUCCCUGGUUGACACCCCCGGGGAGGUGGUGCAGAUCAGCUGUGGACCCCACGACCUCUUGUGGGCCACACUCUGGGAGGGGCAGGCCCUGGUGCGGGAAGGAAUCAACAGGAACAACCCCAGAGGAAGUUCCUGGACCAUCGUGGAACCUCCCGGAUCUGAAAACGGGAUCCUGCACGUCUCUGUGGGCGUCAGCGUGGUCUGGGCCGUCACCAAGGACCGGAAAGUCUGGUUUCGCAGAGGAGUCAACUCGCAUAAUCCCUGUGGCACCAGCUGGAUCGAGAUGGUGGGAGAAAUGACGAUGGUGAAUGUGGGGCUGAAUGACCAGGUAUGGGGUAUCGGCUGUGAAGACCGCGCUGUGUACUUCCGGCAGGGCGUUACCCCCAGCGAGCUCAGCGGGAAGACAUGGAAAGCCAUCGUCGCGGGCCGCGAGAGUGACCGCUCACACUCGGGCAGCUCAUCCAGCCUCCUUAGCGCCGGCUGCUUCUUUGGGGACGAGGUGAGGGGCAGCAGCGAGUCAGCCCCAAGUGACAAUGACACCUCGGAAGUGGAGAGACGGGAUCCCAAGCAGCUGCUCCCUGAAGAGUCUCUGGACGGUUCCAGCAACCCAAGGGGAAGCUCAGCCUCGGACACUGGCGCUGGCAGGACCCCCGGGUGUGCCGGCGAGCACUCCGGUCCCACAGAGGACAGAGGGGACACUGCUGCAGCCUUGGGUCCCCGUGAACACUCAGACCCAGCCUCCCCGCCUGCCCAGUUGCCCUGGACCAGUAUUGACCUAAAGGAGCCCAAGAAGGCAGCCGGCCACGAGGCUGCCAGCUGUCCCGAGGCCGCGGGGCUCAGCUCCCAGGGGCUCUGCCCGCUGGGCACGGAGGAGCCCUACGGGGCUGAUGACCACCCACUGUGGGCCUGGGUGUCUGGAGGCAGCUGCGCCGUGGAUACGGGCUCCACACUCAAGUGGUUCACAGUCCAGUCAGGCCUGUCCCCUUCGGCGCAGACGCUGUCCCUGUCCAUCACACCUGCGCAGACAGCGGCCUGGAGGAAGCAGAUCUUCCAGCAGCUCACGGAGAGGACGCGGCGGGAGCUGGAGAACUUCCGGCACUAUGAGCAGGCCGUGGAACAGUCAGUGUGGGUGAAGACGGGCGCGCUGCAGUGGUGGUGUGACUGGAAACCCCACAAGUGGGUGGACGUCCGCGUGGCCCUGGAGCAGUUCACAGGCCACGAUGGGGCCCGGGACAGCAUCCUGUUCAUCUACUACAUGCUACACGAGGAGAAGAAGUACCUCCACGUGUUCCUCAAUGAGGUCACAGCACUGGUCCCCGUCCUCAAUGAGGCCAAGCACUCCUUCGCCCUGUACACCCCGGAGAGGACCCGGCAGCGGUGGCCCGUGCGCCUGGCUGCGGCCACCGAGCAGGACAUGAAUGACUGGCUCGCCCUGCUCAGCCUGUCCUGCAGUGAGAGCCGGAGAGUGCACGGCCGUCUGUCCCCACAGGCCAUCUGGUCCAUCACCUGCAAAGGGGACAUCUUUGUGAGCGAGCCCAGUCCUGAUCUGGAGGCCCAGGAGCACCCACUGCCCUGUGACCAAAUGUUCUGGCGGCAAGUGGGAGGCCAUCUGCGCCUAGUGGAGGCCAGCAGCCAUGGCGUGGUAUGGGGUAUCGGCUACGAUCACACGGCCUGGGUGUACACAGGCGGCUACGGUGGCGGCUGCUUCCAAGGCCUGGCCAGCAGCAGCAGCAACAUCUACACACAGUCCGACGUGAAGAGCGUGUGCAUCUACGAGAACCAGCGCUGGAACCCCGUCACCGGCUACACCAGCAGGGGUCUGCCCACCGACCGGCCCAUGUGGAGCGAUGCCUCGGGGCUUCAGGAGUGCACAAAGGCCGGCACGAAGCCCCCAUCCCUGCAGUGGACCUGGGUCUCUGACUGGUCUGUGGACUUCAGCACCCCGGGUGGCACUGACCAGGAAGGAUGGCAGUAUGCCAGUGACUUUCCCGCCUCAUACCACGGCUACAAAACCAUGAAGGACUUUGUCAGGAGAAGGUGUUGGGCCAGAAAAUGCAAACUGGUGACCAGCGGGCCCUGGCUGGAGGUGGCCCCCAUCGCGCUCGGAGACGUGUCCAUCAUCCCAGCAUGCCCUGAGACGGAGGGGCAGGGACACAGCAUUGCCCUGUGGGCUGUCAGUGACAAGGGCGACGUGCUGUGUCGCCUGGGUGUGUCCGAGCUCAAUCCUGCGGGCUCCUCCUGGCUGCACGUGGGCACCGACCAGCCCUUCGCCUCUGUGUCCAUUGGAGCCUGCUACCAAGUGUGGGCUGUGGCCAGGGAUGGCUCUGCCUUCUACCGCGGCUCCGUGUCCCCCUCCCAGCCGGCUGGUGACUGCUGGUACCACAUCCCGUCCCCUCCCAAGCAGAGGCUGGUGCAGGUGUCCGUCGGCCACACAUCUGUGUACGCCCUGGAUGAGAACGGAAACCUGUGGUUCCGUGGGGGGAUCACGCCCAGCUACCCGCAGGGCUCCAGCUGGGAGCACGUAUCCAACAACGUGCGCCGCGUGUCCGUGGGGCCCCUGGACCAGGUCUGGGUCAUCGCUAACAAAGUCCAGGGGAGCCACGGACUGAGCCGGGGGACGGUGUGUCGUCGCACAGGGGUGCAACCCCACGAGCCCAAGGGGCAGGGCUGGGACUAUGGUAUCGGGGGAGGAUGGAGUCACAUCUCCGUUCGGGCCAACACCACCAGGGCCUCCCGCAGCUGGUCCCGGGAGCGCGAGGCCCAGGGCCCCGUCCGGUGCUGAGGCUACAGCGGGGCCCGGAGGCCAGGAUGACAGUGGGUUCCGAAGGAGCACGGCCUGUGGCAGGGAGUCACCAGGCCCACUCCAGGAGUAGGCCUGACCACGGCCACCGCAGGGGCGCUGGCCGGAAGGAAGCUGGUGGGCGCCCUUCACAUGCCCCCCCCCCAUCGAUGGCAGAUGCUGUGGCUGGAGGCACGGGGGAGAUGGUCACUAACGGGGUGCCUCGCUCCCAGCCUCUGCCACUGUCCCCUCUUCUCUGCCUUUCCCACACCAGGCCUAGAACCUGGAAACCAGAGCCCCUAAGGAAAUUGCACCUGAGCCUGUGGCUGUGAAUCUAUGGAGGGGUCUUGUGUGGCCAAGUGGCCUUUGUGGGAUCCAGUGGUGUCUUUGGGGGGGGCCCUGCAGUCAGCUGAGUGAGGAGCAGAUUUGUGCCUGCUGGGCAGGGAGUGCACAGAGACCCAGGCCGCCCAGAACCCCUGUGUGGAGCACAGGGUACCCCCCCCUUU